CAGAACUUUGAAGUACACUAGAGUGCAAUGUGGAUGUGCGCUGUAGGAUUGGCUGCAGCCUCAGCCAAUGAAAUUACAGAGAAGGAAACAAUGCACCCGGGUGACGUCACACACUAUUUUUGGUGAAGUCCGCCCAUAUUUCUAUUUUCGUCUGGCUCAGGGGCGGGGCUUACCGGGAUACUUGUAAUAACUCACAUUCUCUCUCUUGUAUCAGUGCCGAACAUCGCUGCUGGUCUAUUUUCAUGGAUGUCAGACUUCUAACAAAGGAUUAAAACAAGAUUUAACACAGAAAAAAAGAAAAAAAAAAGAAAAAAAAAGAAACUUGAAAAGACUGCAAAAGGAAGGAGUUUCAAACAAGGGAAUAUCAACCUGUUGCAUGCUUACAUCUUUCUCAUAAGAUGGAAGUUGUGCAGCGGGACUGAUCGUAGAGUCAGACCAAAGGGACAGUUACUGCUGGGGAGUGGCAGUAAUGAGAAUGAGACAUCGCAACACCCAACUCCUUUGCGAGGUUCUACAAUCUCCGGGUUGAGUCGGUUUCGUCCCGUGUAGUGGCAGGCACAAGCAGAAUCCUCGCUGUCACCUCCCGCGGGCCCCACCCCCAUGGACCUGCGUGUAGGCGAGCGUCUGGUGCGUCCGGGUUUGGACACGGCCUUCCUGUCCCCUCUCCACCCCCCUCUGCUGCUCAGUCCCUUCAAUCCGCAGCACUGUUCCCAGUACAGUCAUUCACAGCUGCAGCAUAUACAGCAGCUUAACAUGGAGCAGCGUCUAAGAGACCAGGAGCAAGCCAAACAACAGCUACAGCAACUCAAACACAAGGACAAGAGCCAACAGAGUGCGGUGGCCAGUGCGGUGGUGAAGAAGAAGUUGGCGGAGGUGAUUCUGAAUAAACAGAAGGCGGUCCUGGAAAGGACCAACUCCAACCCUCUUAGCACCCCAUCAGUCCCCUACCGGGAGUUGGUUCCAGAUCCCAGCACUUCUCUACAGCCGCACCUGUCCUCUCCAAAAUCAUCUCUCAGUGAAGGACCCGACGAGCCCCCUCUGAGACGAGCAGCGUCGGAGCCCAACCUGAAGGUGAAACACAGAUUAAAGAAGCACCUAAACACUCGUAAGAGCCCGCUGACCCGCAAAGAGAGCGCCCCGCCCACCGUCAAGCACCGAGUACCUGAUACGAUGGAUUCGUCCCCCAGUAGCAGUAGUACACCAGUAUCUGGCUGUAGCUCUCCAAACGACAGUCUGCCCACUGAGAAUGGAGUGCUGCCCCCUACUGCCAGUCUAUCUCAUGAGGCUCAGAGGUUGCUGUUGCAGGAUGGGUCUUUAGCGCACUUCACGGUGCAAAAUCCGUCGAGUCUCCCGACCAUCACGCUAGGACUCCCCGCCAAUGCCAAGGUAGAGAGUGACCUGGGUUCACUGAAGCUGGGUCGAGUACCGGUGGUACCUGGUGGUUCUCCAGUGCUGGUUCCUAUGAGUGUGGAAGAGCAGACAGCGUCACUCAUGCAGCCCGUCCUCAUCCUGGAGCCCUCUGGACUCGUACACGCACCCCUAAUGGCUGUUCCAGGUCUGGGUCCGGUUCCACUGCAGUUCAGUGCAUCUGGUCCUCAUAAACCUCUGAGCCGCACGCGCUCAGAACCGCUGCCUCAGAGUCCACGAGCCCUUCACUCUCACCUGCUUCAGCAGCACCACAAUACACAGCUGCUGGAGAGACUCAAACAACAAACUCACCUGGGCAAGCUCAUGUCGAAGUCCAGCGAGAAGCCACGUCUGAGGCAGAUCCCCUCAGAGGAAAUGGACUCAGAGGAGGUGGGGUCAUCAGCCGGCGACACCCACCAGGGCAGGGCGAGGGCGGAGUCACAGAGAGAGCUGGAGAAUCUAGAAGAUCAGAUCAACCUGCAACACGCCCUCAUUCUCAACCAGUCACGUCUGUGGGAAACGCAAAAGCAAUUGCAGCAACUGCGCAGACAGACAGCCCACAUGGAGACAUUGACGGUACCCAUGAUGCUCGGCGGUGCGCACCGGCCACUCUCUCGCACGCAGUCGUCACCAGCCUCCACCUCACUAACACUGCCGGACAAACCCCUGCCUCUCACCACGGCAACAGAACCGCCCCAGAGCCAACCACGCUUCACCACAGGGCUGGUAUAUGACUCUCAAAUGCUGAAGCACCAGUGUACAUGUGGAGACAACAGCAGUCACCCGGAGCAUGCAGGGAGGAUCCAGAGCAUCUGGUCACGCUUGCAGGAGCGAGGCCUCCGGGGCCAGUGUGAGAGUAUUCGUGGUAGGAAAGCCACCCUAGAGGAGCUUCAAUCUGUCCACACGGAGCGCCACGUUCUGCUGUAUGGCACCAACCCUCUGAACCGCCUCAAACUGGACAAUCGCAAACUAGCCGGCAUACUGUCACAGCGGAUGUUUGUCAUGCUGCCGUGUGGGGGAGUCGGGGUUGAUAAUGACACCAUCUGGAAUGAGAUGCACACCUCUACAGCUUCUCGCAUGGCGGCCGGGAGCGUGACGGAGUUGGCAUUCAGAGUGGCUAAAGGAGAGCUCAAGAAUGGCUUUGCUGUGGUCAGGCCACCAGGACAUCACGCGGACCCAUCAAACCCCAUGGGUUUCUGUUUCUUUAACUCCGUGGCAAUCGCUGCUAAACAGCUCCAGCAGAAGCUCAGUGCCAGUAAAAUCCUCAUUGUUGAUUGGGAUGUUCACCAUGGCAACGGCACCCAGGAUAUAUUCUACAAUGACCCCAGCGUUCUCUAUGUCUCUCUUCAUCGCUAUGACAAUGGCAACUUCUUCCCUGGUAGUGGAGGACCAUCAGAGGUGGGUUCUGGUGGUGGAGAGGGUUUCAAUGUAAAUGUGGCAUGGACUGGUGGACUGGAGCCUCCCAUGGGCGAUGCUGAGUACCUGGCUGCUUUCAGAACGGUGGUGAUGCCCAUUGCUCAAGAGUUCUCCCCAGAUGUUGUGUUAGUCUCCUCCGGGUUUGAUGCCGCAGAAGGACACCCUGCUCCCUUAGGAGGAUACAAAGUCACUGCUAAAUGUUUUGGGUUUUUGACUCGGCAGUUGAUGACGUUAGCAGGAGGACGUGUGGUUCUAGCAUUAGAGGGAGGUCACGACCUCACAGCCAUAUGUGAUGCUUCCGAGGCCUGUGUCAGCGCUCUUCUGGGGUUGGAGGAGCCUCUUCCUGAGUCCACUCUACUGCAGACGCCCAAUGCCAAUGGAGUUCUUUCACUCCAAAGAGUUAUUCAGAUACAGAGUCAGUAUUGGUCGUCACUGAAGCCGUUGAUGAACACAGUUGGCAUGUCAUUUCUGGGUGCCCAGAAGAAAGACUGUGAGGAGACAGACACGGUGAAUGCGAUGGCAUCCCUCUCUGUGGGAGUGCUGACCAGUAAAAGCCUUGCUGAUGAACCUAUGGAGCAUGAUGAAGACUCCCUCUAAACCAGGUCUGAAAAACUGUCCAGUACCUCAUGGCACUCCAUAUCAUCUGAGUAAGCUGUGCCUUAAGACCAGCAGUGCCUCUGGGGGCGUGGCUUCCUCAUCAUGGCCCCUCCCCCAAGAUGCCACUUCAACACUGACCACCAGUGCAACAUGGCUAAGCUAACAACCUGCAUCAAUUCUGCCGGGGCUCUGGGAUCCACAACAUUCACCUACCACACAGACAAGUACACUAGAAAGCACGCUUUGUUGCACUAGUGUGUUUAUAACGUUCACUAAAAGAAUGCGCUGAAGAAUUCCAGGAUUCCUCACAAUUCUCACCCCUGGUGCCUCAAAAGAGAUGACUUAUUUUAUCUGGAGAUGCAAGAGAUGAACAUUUUUCAAAGGCAGCCCACUUUACUACCCCUGACGAGCGAACUAUUGAUGUACUGAGCGAAAAUUAGGGGUUCCACUCUAUGAUGUCAUUACUAUUAACCAAUUUCAACCACUAAAGAAGAAGGAAACAUUCUGAUCUCUGUGGGUUUUAGAAAUCUUAAUUUGUUUUGCACUGUGCAUUCCAUAAUGUGAACCGUGAAUUGUUUUUCCAAACCUCUGGGAAAAGAACGAUCUUAAGUAUGUAUCUAGUUUUACACUUAACAUUCUUUUCUAUUUUUUAGUUCUUGUCAAGUUCAGUUGCAGUCUCUCUGCAUUCCUAGCAUGAAGGCCGUAAACUUGAAUAUUUUGAGAUAUUCAUAUUUGUACUGAUUUUGUGUAUCUGAUAUUUUGUUACGCCUCAUGCGUUUUUUUUUUUUAAGGCCAGAGGGACAAACCAGCUAUUAGCAAGAUUAUUGCACACAUCCGCCCCAAAACACAUACACAUGUACACCCACAUCACCAUGUAUGUUUGGAUAUGUAAUCCUUAUGGAUGAAACCGUUUCUGUACAAAAAUGUUGCUACAUCCUUAUGACCACUGUACAUUUAUUGUUAUUAUGGACACAGGAAAUGCUGACACUUUCCCUAGACUAACAAUAACACGAAGAAGAUCAGUCUCUUUUGUUAGACCAAACUAAUUUGGUAAAGAUUUUUUAUAUGUGUGUGAAUCUAUCAAUUAUAGCUUUUGUCCAUUCUGUAUUCACAAUCAAACCUCAACUGACCACUGCAAAAUCACAAAAUGACAAUUGAAAGGGCGGUCAAAGCCACUCAAAUGGCACAAAGCAGUCCUUGUUAUUGGAUAAAUUCCUUUAUAUUUAAAGGAAUAAGUGUAUUUUUCAAUGAUUUUGAUUGUUGUUGGAAGGGAAAUUAUCAGGCUUUAAACCUGUGGAGAAGACAUGUCUCAAGUUGGUGCACAUUUAAUGAUUUCUUUUAAUUGCUGUGCACUUAGAAAUUUCUGAAGGUUUUUUUUUUUCACGAGGGAUGCAUUGUUUUUGGAUGCCGUUCUUUUUUCCACAGACUGCAAAUAGAUCACUAAUUCACACCAGUUGUGUGGUUGAAGUUUAUAGUCAUGUUAAAUAUGUCUCUCAGUCGCUGGGAUUCACAAUUUUGUCGUCAUCAAUGAACAGAAAUUAAUAUCACACCAACGGUUUACCAAAGCAGAUGGACCUCUUUAAACUGUGUCACUGUUCACCAAAUCCUGUGCCUCAACCCCUUUCAGCAUCAGCAUAUUCGGUUUGUCAAACCAUAUCAUUUGUAAUGGUUGUUUAGUGUGACCACACAUUUGUCAGCUAUGUUCUAGUUGCAUAAUACUGACAGGCCAAAUCGUUGAAUAUAAAUUUGUAAUGCGCCGUUUGUUGCGAUCCCACAUGCUGUACCAGUAUCUCAGUGAUGUUACGUUUGACCAACAGCAUAGUUCCUGGUGCUCGCUUGACUUUUGUGUUGUGCAACGUGGUUGACGAACUUACAGACAGAAUCGGUUGUGAGCCCACUUCCACAAUUCCACAUCGAUCUUGCUACGUUCACGCCUCUCAUCCACACUGGAACAGAGUUUUUCUCCAUUGAAAAUGAAAAUGCCCUCCAAUACGGCAUACUUUGGAAAACAAUAACGUUAGGAAACUGAAAACGUCUGUCACAAAGUUUUCAAACAAAAACGGAUUAGCGUGGAUGUAGCCAGAGUGUCAGUUAUCAUCAGUCCCAGACUUUUUACGUUUUCUGUGCUAUUUUCAGGGGCUAAAUCAUUGCCAUUCUGCUGAAUCGAUUUAAACAUGGUAAAAUGUGUUAAAUGGAAUGGAAAGCACUGUAAGUGGUAGUUGAAAGCAUUAUCAAAUCAGCCAAAAUACUUAAUAAACGAACAGGGAAUGCGUAAUAUGUUAAUUAUGCUCAUUCCAGUUCUGCAGAGUUCAGCGGCCGCAGAUUCUAUCUUUGCUUUGGUUAUCAUUGUGCAGAUUUGUUCCCAUUUUUACGCUUGACUUAUCCAAACGUUUUGAGUUGUGAUUACUCUGUACAACCCUAUACCUCUGUUUUAACAACCAAAUGCACCAAUGGUGGCUAGUUAUGUUAUUUUGCGUCCACUACAAGAAACAGCCGUGACCUGACAAAUUGCUGUUAUACCUUGAAUACAUUUAGAGGCAUUCCUUCUCGGAUUACAUUCAGAUAUAUUGCUAAGUUUGCAUUUAGCCUUUUCCAUAAGGCCAGAAACAAAUUUACGCAAAUACUCAAAUGCAGACGUGAAUGUUUGUCCUUCUUAACGUGCAUUCUUGCGUUGUUGUGGCAGUAACCAACCCGAUUCAGUCUCAUGAGAAGUCAUAAUAACACUAUGAGAUGGCAAAAUCGUAAGACAUUGAAUGAGUUGCCUUAUACAAAAACGUACAAUUUAAACUCCCACAAAGAAAUGUAAACGAACAAGUGAACAAUGUUAUUGCGAUUUUUCCAAAGUUUAACCCCUAAACCAAACCUAACCAUAAAGACUAAGCCCUUACCAACCAUAAACCUAACUACUAUUUUAAUAGGAAAAUCACUGUUUUGUUUGAUGGAACAAAGAAAAUAUUGUUUAGAAUGAGACAAGGGAUGACUAUAAUAUUGGUUGGUCUAAAAGUGUUACUUUUUCAUACAAGCCAAGUUGUACGAUACCUUACAAUUUCACCAAAAUGCAUGAAUUAUUAUGAGUUGUCAUGAGACCAUGUUGACCAACCUCAGUACUCAAGGGGGGCGAUAGAGUUAACUAUAAAUAUCUAUGCUAUCAAACCUGAUUUGCUAUUAUUCAGGUAGCUAUAUGUCAGCAACAAGCUGCUGCUCAACCAUGACAGUAGUUGACAUAAUAGAAUACUGAGAAUGCAAUGCAUAUUUGUGUUGCUUUGUGAAUUGCAUUCCGACAUAUUGUGUAGCUAGACGUGUUUACGUUCACAUACUUGCACAGAGUAUGUUUCUGACCUAAAGCUGCAUUCCUACAAAAACCAAUAUGACAAGUGCUCAGCAUUGUACCUGCCUUUACAGACCAAUAAGUCUUGAUUUCUACCCUUUCCUGCCUUGUACCAAACCACUGUGGAUAGUUAUACGUUUGCAUGAUUCUGUGUAUAUUGUACCACCAUUCCAUUUUUCAUCAUUGUCAGUGUUUUGUGUUCUUAUGGGUGAGGUUUUCAUGAAGACCCUGGGCAGUCUUUGCCUACCAGACCCCCUUGAAGACUGUUGUAAAAUAGAACAGAUGCGAACAUUCGCUCAUCGUUAAUAUAGUCAUAGUUUAUCUCUUUGAACUAGCGGCGAUCUUGCUGUGUAUUUAUUGUACUUCAAACAGUUCAUUUGCUCUGCACCAUAAACAAAACAUGCCGUUAACUUUAGACUUUCGAAAUAAACAAAAAUAGACUUACCAACUUGGUUACCAACAGAAUUUGACAGCACUUAGUGGAAGUUUCACCUGGCAGUUUGGACUGUGACUAUGAACAGACCUUGACAUUCCGUUUCAGUUUCAGACACUGAUAUGCAUCUUAUAUAAAGUUAUAUUUUAAUGGUGUAUUUUUACAAUAGCUUUGUGCAUUUGUACUGUUUUGAUAUACCUCUCAAAGCGCUUGUAUUCUCUUGUCUCUCCUAACGCUUUAUGAAUUAAAAUGGAGAGUGUGUCUUGUUGUUUGUCACCACUCUUGUAAAAGUGUGUUGACUGCAUGGUCACUGUACCAGCAACGUCUUAAAGCCUCUGUCGUUUAUUCCUCUUCAGACUUUGCCUUUUUUUUAUUGACAAUGUAAAUAGUUACGACCAAAAACUUCACCUAUGUGCCUUGAAAUAUUUCAUCUGUCGACCCCAGUAACUGUGUUCUGUAUAACAAAGAAUCACAGAAAUUGUUUCGAAUCUUCAUGUAAUUAACAAUUCCCUUAUUUCUGAUUUCUUUCAUUUCUCUGUGUAUAGAAAAGAAUGUCUAUUUUGUACUGUUUCUAAUUUCCUAAUUAAAAUUAAAAGCAUUUUUUUGGUUGUCUAAAUUUAA